CCCAGAAACACCUUUCCACCUUAUUGCAUAUACGCUGGUUUCGGCACUUUCGCUCGCCUCUGGGUCGUGGCGAGUCCGUCGGAAAUGCUUCAGGAAUUGAGUAGCAUGGACCGCGUCACUCAGCUACAGGAUGAGAUACAGCAGCUCCUGCAAAUCAUGUCGAGUAGCAUCGCCUACCUCACGACGCGCUCCAACUUUGCGCAAGUGAGCCCGCAGAUACCGAUCACGAAGCAGCGCAACCCGGAAAAGUUCGACCCUCCGGAGGUGCUUGAAGCCAACAAGAAGGAACUCGUGACGGAUCUCAUGGUGAAAGCGAAGCAGAUCGAAUUCUUGAUCCAGUCAUUGCCCGAACCCGAGUCGGAGGAAUCGCAGGCGACGAGAUUGCAAGCUCUCGAAAACGAGAUGCAAGAGGCGAACGCCGAGUACAUCCACGCCUUGAGCCGCGCGAAGGACUUGCAUAGACAGGUCUCGGACGUUCUCCGGAGGAUGCUGGACGACGUGGACCCGACCGGUCCGCCAGGCUGACCACCGCAGCACAAGCCCACAUGUUCUCUUCUCGUCAAUUAUCGGCGUACCGCGGUCUCGACCGUGUAUGUAAUCAGAUAAGCGUGGCGCGCCUCAUGGUCCGUCUGGCUCCCUUGAUUGAAGCUUCUGGCGAGAUUAUAAGUACUUUACAUCGGAUAGUACUGUAGUUGUGGAUGGAGUCGUAGGUCGUAUGUAGCGAAUGUGAUGUAGAUGAC